AUGGACUACGAGAGUGUGAGAUUAGGGAGAAAUGAUAAAUUCCGUGUCGAUUUACACAAGUUUUUACAACCAUAUUCAUACAAGACAACUAAUUGCGUUUUUUCAUUCAAUCUACUGCUUGUUAUGAUGAAAUGUCACAUUUUUCAAAUUGUUUCUGUCCUUUUUUAUGUGCUAUUUAGUAUUGCACAGAAUGUUGAAUUUGACUUAUUCGACCAAGAUCCAUUAAACCAAGACCAACUAGCAAAUGAUUAUACAGUUCAGGCUGAAAAUUCUUUGCUUUGGGGUCCUUACAGGUCAGCACUAUACCUCGGUAUUAGACCAAGACUACCAAGGUCUCUUUUAUCUGGCUUGAUGUGGUUCUCUAUGGAUGACUACCGGUCAAUUGGUUCCAUUAGGCACUUUUAUGAGCAAAACGAUAAUAUGGCCAAAGCCAAUUGGGUCUCGUAUGAUCCGAGGUACGGAGGUACACAAGUGAUUCAAGAUAAUGAUUGUCACACAAAUAUUACCAUUGAUUUUGUAAAAAGCAAGGAUGGUUUGUCGUGGGCAGUCAAAAUAAAAUCAGAACCACAUAAAGGAUUUGAACAAUCAAAGAUUUCGUUUGUUUGGUAUAGUGGACUUGAAGGAGAGAAAGAAGCAUCUAUUGAUGAUUUGGGAGAAAUAGAAAGAACUGGGAUUUUGAAAUUGGAAAAUCAAAAAAAUGUUCUAGGAUACAAAGGCUCCGUGAAAUUAUCGGGAGUUUCUGAAGAGUUGGGAGCUUUUCAAGUUGAAAUCAAUGACGGUCCAAAGACGAAUCGGCAUCCACUGGGUAAAUCAGAUUUGCCAUUGGAGUUCAGUCCUGCUCUUGCUCAUCAUUAUAGUUUAAGAGUCCCUGAUGAUAAUGUUUGGCAGGCGAGAGACAUUUUCAUGACUAUGUUACAGGAAUCUGUGCAAUCGUUGAAAGGCACUACUGAUUCUAUGGAAGACAUCCCACCUGAAAACUUGUACAUAAUUCGCGACUUGAACGAUUUUGAAGGAAAUUUACAUUUGGUUCAAAAAGUAUAUCAGGGGAGCUGUGAGUUCGAUGUCAUUUACCACAACGAAAAGACCCCAGAUACUGAAAAGAUUACUUCCAAAAAUAUCCAUGAGAAGAUAGAAGCUAAUCAUAAUUUGUUUGAUGAAAAAUUCUCAGAAUAUUUUGAGCUACAAUAUCCAUAUAAUGGAACUCAAAACGAUAGUGGAACUGCAAAUUACAAAGCUUUUGCCAAGGAGAUUUUGUCUGGCCUUUUGGGUGGGUUGACCUAUAUGUAUGGUGACCACCUCGUUGAUAGAAAAACUAUAUUUGAUGAAGAUACUUUUGAAUCAUAUGAAUUGAACGGAUCACCUGAGGGACCUCAUCAAUUGUUCACAUUAGUUCCUUCGCGACCUUUUUUCCCUAGGGGAUUCUACUGGGACGAGGGUUUCCAUUUAAUGCCCUUGAAAGAAUACGACUCUGAUUUGGUCUUGGAUAUAAUUAAGUCGUGGUUUAACUUAAUUGACUCUGAAGGUUGGAUUGCCAGGGAGCAAAUUUUGGGCCCUGAAGCAAGAUCUCGAGUUCCGACCCAGUUUCAAGUGCAAAGUCCUCAGAUUGUAAAUCCUCCAACUUUGACAUUGAUGCUAACAAUGUUGCUUGAGCAUUUGUCUGAGGAGAGAUUUGGUGAUGUAAUGAAACCCAUCGAUAUUGAUCGUGAUAAUGAAUUAAGUGAUGUAACUGAUUCUACAAACACCACUAAAUUUGGUAGCUAUAUCCUUAAGCAUCCAGACGUGUUGUUCAAAUACGCAGAGGAAGUUUACCCCAAGUUGAAACUGCAUUUUCAAAUGCUUAGGAAAACACAACAAGGUCAUUUUGAAGAGUUUGACAGAAACUAUGACAACAGUGAAGUUUUCCGCUGGAGAGGUAGAACAGAAACGCAUUGUCUUGCAAGUGGAAUCGACGACUAUCCACGUGCUUCUCCAGCUGAUGUGGCUGAGUUAAAUGUUGACUUGAUUUCAUGGAUUGGAAUAAUGGCAAAAUCACUACGUCUCAUGGCUGGUAUCUUGAACAAAUAUGAUGAUGUCGUAUACUUUCAAGAUAUUGAAGAAAAAAUUUCAAAGAAUUUGGAUAAAGUGCAUUGGUCAAAAAAUGAAGGAAUAUACUGUGACGUUUCUGUGGAUGAAGAUGACGAAAAUGUGCAUGUGUGUCAUAAGGGAUAUGUUUCUCUUCUUCCUUUUGUCACCAAACUUAUUCCCAAAGAUGAUGUUGAUAAGCUAGAAAAGGUACUCAACAUUAUUACCGAUCCAGAAGAAUUGUGGUCGCCAUUUGGUAUACGAUCAUUGUCAAAGUCAGACUCGAAUUACAAAACAGGAGAGGAUUAUUGGAGGUCGCCAGUGUGGAUCAACAUGAACUACCUCGUUUUGAAAGGUAUUGAAGACUACUAUUACGAAAGUCGCCAAUUCAUGUCUUUGGCCCUUCAAAAAAAAUUUCAAGUUGCAUACCAUGACUUGAGGAUUAAUGUAGUAGACAAUGUUUAUAGACAGUGGGUCAAGACAGGUUUUGUGUGGGAACAAUAUAAUGACGAGACUGGUGAUGCUAAGGGAGCCAAAAAUUUCCUUGGUUGGACUUCAGCAGUAUUGUUAAUGAUGAAAAUGCCUGGAAAUUUAGAAUAA